AUGAACGUCGAGUUCCAAGGCACCCUCUCCAACCUGGAGAACAAACUAAACGUGCUUAUAAAUAGCCUGACAACAUCACCAACAGCUGCAGGCGCCCCCGCCGCCGCGAUCGGUUUAUUGGACGCAGACGACUCGUUGACCUCCGCCGUCGAGACCCUCCGACAACACCAGCAGAACUAUGCCAAGAUUUUACGGCUCCGUGAAGAAGCCCAGGAACUGGAAGAGAAAGUCAAAAGCAUUGUACGUGAGGUGAUGGCCUAUGAGAAGGAAAUCACAACGACCUGUGGAGACGAGUCUGAUAGCGACCUGGACUCGGAGGACGAUUACUCGGACUAUGACUCGGAUGAAAACAUGCAGGGUGAAAAGCCAAGAUCCACUGGGUUACGGGGAAUUAAGGAGGUGGACUACAAGCUACUUCUCGACUUCGCGCGGCGGAUCAGCAAAUACAACCACCAAGCGGCUUCCGAUGCUGCAGCGACUGCAGAGGCCAAAUCGCGAGAGAGAAUCCAAGAGAAGGGACCGGAUACAGAAAUGACGGGCACAAAUGGCAACCAGGAUACUGAGACAGCGGAACCGGUCGCAUCUGUGACCAAAGACGCGACUAGUUGGCUUGACGAAUCGGCAAAGAUGACUCGCCAGGCUUAUAUGCUACCGUAUCCGAUGGAAGAUCGCAUUCGACUGGGACUGAUGGCGCAAAUACAACUCGCUGCUGCCGAGGGUCGCCCAGGCUUUGAACCAGAGAAGGAAGUUGAACGCUUAAUACGAGAGGCUGAGGGUGUAGGGAUCGCUGAUGCGAUGCCGCAGGUCGACGUCGGCGAAGAAGCGCGUCAUGCAGAUGAGGCCGCAAAAGCUGCAGCGCAUGCUGGAUCUGCCGCAACAAGCGGAUCUGGGAUGGGAGCUGCACCAAUGCCAAAACCUAAGGCUACAUUGGAUCUCGAUCUGUACGACCCGGAUGAAGAUGACGAAUGA